UCUUAGUUCAGUGGUGGUUUUAUUUUUAUUAGUGAAAUUAUGAAGGUCGCCGUUUUCGUGAUAGCAACCCUAGCUGUGGUCCUUGCGGAACCUCCGGCGCCCAGCAACCAAUACAUCCCUAGCAACCAAUACGGACCACCAAAUGGAAAUGGUGGCGGUGCUCCCAACAACCAAUACGGCGCUCCAGCUCAAACUCAAGCAAUCUAUGGACCACCCAACGGCGGAUACUUACCACCGGGUGGCGGAUACGGAGGCGGCAAAGAUGAGGACGAAGGCGAACCAGCUAACUACCAAUUCAAAUACGACGUCGAAGACGCUGCAUCCGGAAACGAAUUUGGUCAUGAAGAAGAACGUCAAGGAGAUGUUGCCCGUGGUAAAUACUACGUCCUCCUUCCCGACGGCAGACGUCAAACCGUCGAAUACACUGCUGAUAACGAAGGAUACAAACCUAAGAUCACCUACGAACAAGUCAACAACGGAGGUUACCAAAACGGCGGAUAUCCAGCUAACGGUAACGGUGGCGGAAACGGUGGAUACCAAUAUUAAGGUUUAAGACAGAGUAGGUUUAUAUCUUAGGUAACCUAGCGAUUUAGCUUAUUUAUUGUGUUCAGAAGAUUUACUAGUUCUAUUUUUAACAUAUUUUAUUAUUAUU